AUGACAUCCGAAAUAAAAGCGAUACCCCAGCACUCGGUGCACAAGAUCACCUCAGGGCAAGUGGUCGUCGACCUCCAGACAGCGGUCAAAGAGCUUGUAGAGAACAGCCUGGAUGCGGGCGCGACGAGCAUCGAGGUGCGGUUCAAGGACUAUGGAUUGAAGGCUAUCGAGGUGCUCGAUAAUGGCUCUGGGAUAAAAUCAGCCGACUACGACUCCGUCGGACUGAAACAUCAUACUUCCAAGCUAACAUCUUUCGCCGACCUCGAGUCGGUGACCAGCUUUGGGUUUAGGGGUGAGGCCGUGUCGUCCCUCUGCGCUUUGGCGGAGAGCGUGACCAUGACUACGGCGACGGAGGAGGAGGCGCCUAUGGGGAGUGUGUUGGAGUUUGAUAGGAUGGGCAAGCUAGUGAGCUCGACUACGAAGAUGGCUAGGCAAAGAGGCACGACGGUCACAAUUACCAACCUGUUCGCCCCUCUUCCCGUGCGCAGAGCAGAGCUUUCUCGGAAUAUCAAGCGCGAACACUCUAAGGCCGUCGCACUGCUUACAGCAUACGCUAUGGUCCCAUGCUCCAAGCCUCCUGGAGUACGGUUAACAGUAUCUAACCAACCCGAAGGCGGGAAGAAGACCGUCCAGCUCCGGACGGACGGCACACCGAAUCUCCGCAAUAACAUCGCCAACUUGUGGGGCCGGAAAGUACUUGAACAUCUGGCAGACGUCGACUUGACCCUUGAGGUGGAUGCCGAUAAGUCUAUGCUCAAACGCACCGGGCACACACCUUCCUCAGCCACGAUUCAGUGCCGCGGCGUCAUGAGCCUUCCCACUUUUGCUUCUUCCCGGACCGCCGCAGACCGACAGUAUCUGUUCUUGAACUCGAGGCCGUGUAACUUGCCCAAGGUCACCAAAGCGAUCGCAGAUGUCUGGCAUUCUUUCUGCGUUCAGGGUCAAGGAAUGUGGGUGCUUGACAUUACGUUGCCAACUGAUGCGUACGACGUGAACGUCAGUCCGGACAAGCGCUCUAUCUUGUUGCACAAUGAAGAGAAUAUGAUCACAUCGCUCAAGGCUGCACUAGAAGAACUAUGGCAGCCAACAAGAUCGACAUUUGCAGUCAACGGCGGUGCUUCCCGCUCAAACUCUGGAGGCCACUCAACGUCUGGUGGUGCAGCCGAGGACGAUGCUGAAGUUGAUGAGCUAGAAGAUGACACUGCGCCGAGUGAGCGACCUGUGCCGAGCAAGAAAUCAGCCCCCGGCGGUGGGCGACCAAAGUAUCAGUCAAAGAAGACAGAAGAGCGAGCUGCCACUUGGCCAACGAUUCCGACAGUAGUGAAAUCCAACCGUCGGGCCAGCGAUGAGAGGCUCGUUUCCAGUCAGCCUACAGAUGCUGCACACAGAAGCGAGACUCAUUUCGCUUCAUCAAGCAUGUCAGCGGAUGUCCUCGAAGCCGACCUGUCCGUCUCCUCUGUUCCGGACAAGCUGGAACAAGUAUUGGAUAAUCUUCUUGCUGCGGAAACAUCCAUCGAACAGUCGCUUGAGCCGCGACCAGAACUCGCUGGAAACCGGUACGAUGCUGGAUUGUCGCUCGAGGAAGAGAUCGCCGUUCAGCCGACGGCUGAAGGACCUAUACAACCCGCAGCAUCCUUCCCAAUCCCACCGCCAAUCACCCAGAUCAAGUCCGAAUCUCAAGCAGACGCACGUAGCGAGACUAGAGAAAGUACCAAGACCUUGCCUAUCCGAGAACCGCCCUCCCCAUCUAAAGAGCCACUCUCAAAACGUCGCAGGACCAAGCUGGGUACCCCCAGUCAGCUAUCAAUUGGACAGUUUCAAAAGGGUUUACUGCGCUUUGCCAGUGGCAACGUGGCGCCAGAUGCAACUGGCACCGCAGAAUAUGAUCGAAUACCGCCUUCAGAUGACAAUCUUUCGGAGGUAGACAACCACGAUGUUGAAGUUAUACAAUCGUCCAUCCCGGUGUCUGUGUCGCAAGAACCCAGCACCGAAGUCAGCACCAUCGAUGAAGAAACCGCGGAUGUCGUCGAUCUCACUGCGGAGGAUGUAGAGAUGGAAGACGUCCCGAUCGUGGCAGAUAAGAUUGCCAUGAGUGUCGCCACACAAAAUCGCGAGAACAUGUCUGGCGCAGCGCCGACAACGGUGGAAAUCCUUCGAGAUCGAGUGACUAGCAAAGGGGUGUUGUCAGUCGAUAUGAGCCGCAUACGUUCGAAGUGGGCUGCUCUUGCUGAACGCUCCAAUCUGGCACAUCAGCGCACGAUCUCGCAGUCCAGUGAUUCAAUGGAAGCUGCUGGACUUAAAGUGGACAGCGCAGAACAGGCAGAGGCUACCCUCUCUCGUGUUAUCACUAAGGCCGAUUUUGGACGUAUGGUAAUUCUUGGACAAUUCAAUCUCGGGUUUGUCAUUGUUCGAUUGAGGAAAGAAAGUGAAGAUGGGAAGAAGGAAUAUGAUGAACUCUUCAUCGUGGAUCAGCAUGCCGCGGAUGAGAAAUUCAACUUCGAAUCUCUGCAACAAACGACCCGAAUUCAAUCACAAGCUCUGUUCAGGCCCCGACCGCUGGAAUUAACUCCUGCGGAUGAAUUGGUUGCACUUGAAAAUUUGGCCAUUCUACGCGAAAACGGGUUUGAUGUCGAAGAAGUCGAGAUGGCAGCAGCAGACGACGAAUCAAUCGCCGCACGGCAGAGUCGAUUACGCCUCACGGCACAGCCCAUUAGCAAGAAUACUGUGUUCGAUAUGAAAGACCUAGAGGAGCUUCUUCACCUCAUGCAGGACGCCCCAAAGGGACAAAUGGUGCGCUGUUCUAAAGCACGAACGAUGUUUGCGACACGGGCUUGCCGGCGGAGUGUUAUGAUUGGCAUGGCGCUCACCAGACAACAAAUGACAAACGUUGUCCGCCAUAUGGGUACGAUGGAGCAACCUUGGAACUGUCCCCACGGCAGACCGACUAUGAGGCAUCUUCUCAGUUUACCAGACUUCAUCAAGCGUAUGAAUAAGAAAGCUCCAAUAUCUUGGGGGGAUUUUGUCAGCUCAUAA